AUGUCCAAAAUAACUCCCAAAAACCUCUCCUACAACAACACACUCCCGCCCUUCCUCCAACGCCUCCAAGCCAACUCCUCCUCCUCCAACGGCCGCCACGAAUUCAGCAUCUCCCGUCCCUCAAAACCCCGAGACGAAGACGAAGAGAAGGAAAGUGAACCCGUGGUAUUCGACGAGGUAAGCGGAGAGACGCUUAGUAAAGAGGAGUGGGAAAGACGGGAGAAGGAAAGGGAAGAAAAAGAAGAAGGGGAGGGGAAAGAUGGAGAGGGAGAUGCAGAAGGGGAGGAAAAGGGAAAAGAGGGGAAAGAGACUGCUGUAAAUGGGAAAAUAGGAGGAGUGGGAACUGGAAUUGGAAGUGGAAUUGGAAUUGGAGCGGGGAAGAAGAGGAAGGUGGGAAAGAUUAUUGGGGGUUCUGAGGGGGAGGAGGAGGAGAGAACUGAUAAUGGCUCUGAGAAACAGAAGGAAGAGAGUACCAAAACUGGGGCUGGAGAAAAGAAGAAACCUAAGGCUGCUGCGAAGAAGGGGAAGAAGAUUAAGUUGAGCUUUGGGGACGAUGAGUAA